AUGAAAGAUCUUGGAAUACCAGUGAUCAAUGAAAAACGAGACGUCUUGGAACUUCAUAAUACGGGUGGAUCAAAGACGACAACCACAGCCACAACCACAGCUACAGCUACAGCUACAGCUACAGCUACAAUUAGACCCACUUCUGCUCCAGCUUCAAGUGAUCCAGCUGUUAUCUACGGAGGCAGGGGUAUUACACCAGAAAAUGGUGUGGUAGGUGCUAUCCUGAUCGUUUUGGGGCUCUAUUUGAUUAUCUUUGGCUUUAGAUCAUUUCGAAUCACUCUCGCCGUAUGUGGGUUCUUAACGUUUGGUUUGAUUACUUGGGUUGCUAUGACAAAUAAUCAGCCUUAUUAUGGUUAUAUCAAUGAUAAUAUUACCAUCAUAGCUGUCCCUGCUGGAUUAGGACUUUUAGGUGCUAUUAUCUACGCCAUCUUUUGGAAUAUUUCUAUUUAUCUUGUAGGAGCACUGGGUGGCUUCACACUUGCUUUGUAUAUUUUAUGUUGUAAAUCAGAUUUAUUAAUAACACAAACAGUUGCAAGGGCUGCUUUGUUAGUUGCACUCCCCGUCUUCAUUUGCUUUAUUACAUUCUUUGCCGAACAAUAUGUGCUCCUAUUUACCUUUGCAUUUACUGGAGCCUAUUGCUUUGUGGUAGGUAUUGACUUUUUAGCACACACUGGUUAUCUAGCUGGAAUCAAAACUAUCUUGGACGGUAAUCCAUACCACCGAGUUCUUUAUCUUUUCACUCGUAAUGUUAUCAUCAUGAUUGCCUUUAUUCCCGUUAUCUUUAUCAUCUCGUUCAUUUGGCAAUAUAUGUAUAAUAGAGGUCAGAAGUUUGGUGUCAUCUUUGUUGGAACAGAAAAUCCUGAAGCUGGAAAUAACAAAGAAGAUCAUCAUGCCGGUGAUCCUGGACCAGUGAAUAAAGAUGAACCCCAUAUUGUAGAGCAUAAUGAAACAAUCAUCAUUAAAGAGUAA